AAUCGUCGAUUUUACUCGUUCCAUUGACGUUAUAUGUUGUUAUAUUGUACUUCAUUGUACUUCUUUACAGUCAUUUAGAUUAAAUAGAAGUGAACGGAACGCGAGCAAGCGGCAACGAAAUUGUCAAGAUCAUAUCAGAUUGUGUUGUAAAUAUAUUUCCGAAGUCCGAUAGAUAUUUGAAGGCGGCAAAAUGUUGGAGACUGAGAACAUUUUCUUGUUUGUGCCUAAUAUUAUUGGCUAUGGGAGAGUGAUUUUGGCUCUCAUAUCUUUCUACUUCAUGCUAACCAACUAUAUUAUUGCAUCAUGGUGCUAUAUAAUUAGUGCAUUACUGGAUGCAGUGGAUGGCCUUGCAGCUAGAUAUUUUAACCAAGGUACCAAAUUUGGUGCUGUGCUGGACCAAUUGACUGAUCGUGUUGGUACUAUGUGUCUAUUAGCUUCACUAUGUGUACUUUAUCCAUCAUAUACAUUUUGGUUUCAAUUAAGCAUGGCGAUUGAUAUUGCUUGCCAUUGGAUAUAUAUUUAUGCUUCACAGUUACAAGGAAAAACCAGUCAUAAAUUUAUUGAUAUGUCUGAAAACCCAAUUAUGAGUGUGUACUACACUAAUCGCCCAGUUUUAUUUUUCAUGUGUGCUGGAAAUGAAGCAUUUUAUGCUGCAUUGUACCUAAUUUACUUUACUGAAGGGCCCAUUUUGGCUGGCAUAAGUUUAUUCAGAUUAGUUAUGUACAUUUCUGCACCUGUAGCAAUUAUUAAAGCUGCUAUUUCAUUGUUACAUGGAUACGUGGCAUGUAUUAAUUUGAGCAUAAUUGAUAUCAAGGAAAGGCAAGCUUUAAAGGGAAAUAAAUCAUUGCAUUCUGCAACAUCUUCUACUUCUGCUAAGUCUGAUUAAUUGAUCUUCAUAAUUUAUACUAUAUUAUGCAUAAAUGUCUUUAUAUUCAAUUAUAUUUUUACAAAUAAAUCCAAAAGUCAAUGUGCCAGAUUUAAAGCUAA